AUGGAAAGAGUUCAGAUCAAAGAUGUUGGAACAUGGACUGUUACUGAUGCAGCUGCAGCCAACAUGUCUGUAUCUCAUUUAAAUGCCGCAGGUCUUCCAUCUUGCACCAUCAAUAGCUCUCUGCCCCACGAUUCCCUUGAACCCAAUUCGGAGCUGACACUGGUCGCAGACAUACGGGGUUACUACUGCUCUAAACAGGCAGGGUUUGAACUAACUACUGGCCGUGACGUACCCGAGGUGUUGCUGAAGAACAACACAGUUACUGUUGUCACUGACAUCGUCCUCAACACCACCUUCAACGUAACACUAAAACGACUUGGAAAUGUUCAACUGGACUAUACGUGUGACAACUCAACGUAUAAUCUCGUUUGUCAUGGAGCUGUGAAACUUCUCAAGAGUCCUCCGGAGUGUGACAUUAGCAGCUCCAGGAAUGGAUCCCUGAUUCCUGGUACAAACCUGACUCUCACUGUCAACAUCACCAACUACUACUGCACCGAGGAGGCUGCAUUCGACCUCAUCACCGGAAGUGUCCAGCAGGAGCUGGUACCCAGACACCACGUUGUCGACAUUAACAGUACCAUCGUCAGCAAGACCUUGGAAGUCACAUCUGCGUAUGACGGAGACAUUAAAAUCAACUUCACAUGUGACGGCACACAUCGUGAACUUAGUUGCAGCGGCGACAAGAAGAUAAUUGUAGUUGGAGCGACAUCAACUGCAACACCACCAACGUCAACGCCUGCAUCAUCCCCAACUACAUCGACAUCGACAGGAAGUGACAACACAAACACCUCCAUCUCCAUCACCACCUCCAUCACCACGUCAUCCACUACACCUCCAACACCUGCAUCUGUACCUGUAUACCUCAUCAUAGGUAUAGUGAUUGCGUUGCUCGUGCUGCUCAUCAUCAUCGUUGUCCUGAUUGUCUGUCGUAACAGAAUCGCACGGGUUGCCCGGAAGUACAACGUCACAAGCAAAAGGCCCAAGGUUCGGAACUUGAAGGAAAAUGAUAAACCCAACAAAGGGAAACGCAUGUCCCAAAUCAACCCUGACAAAAAGGCUGACUUUGAUCAAAAUGUUCUUGGAUCCACUGCUGAUCCUGCUUCAGAAGACAAAGAAGCAUCAGUUAAAGAGAUGGCAAUAUAGCCGACGGAUCUAAUAGAGACUAUGUUUUAAGGAAAUUCGGGGGUGUAAAUCUAUAUGGUAUUUUGUCUUGAACAGCUUCUUAUUAUAUGAAUGAAAGUCCGUAAAAAUUGUUCAAAAUUUUCAGCCACUUUGAUCUUGAAAAUAAUGAUGCUCUUGCAUUAUGGAAAGUAAAAGAGACACAUAGCUAACUUGACAGUCGGAUUGAAACAAUUGGCUGUUAUUGUGCCAAUGAAAUAGGAUACUUAGUGUACAUUUGUUUCUCAAUAUUUUGAAGAUGUGUUCUGAGAGUAUAUUUUGCUGUGGCACAAAUUCAGAUAUUCUUACACUGACAAGAAACAUUUAAUCAUGCUAGUAAAAACAGG